GACUGACUACCUCUGUGAUAGGCUUACCAGGGGCGGCUCUAGACAUUUUGCUGCCUCAAGCACGGAGGGUCUGCCGAAGCCGCGGGACCAGUGGACCCUCCGCAGGCAAGCCGCCGAAGGCACCCUGCUUGCCAUCCCAGGCACGCGCUUGGAGCGCUGGUGCCUGGAGCCGCCCCUGAGGAUCACAGAUGUCUAACAUAAUUGGGAGUUGCUGAGUGCUGCAAAAAGGAUCAAAAAAUGCCCCGGCAAACGUAGUUUACCUCCAGACACACACACACAGAGGAAUGGAUAUGCUGAUGUAAUAUGUUACAGGUCCUCCCUCUGGGCUGAUCUGCAGAAGGAUUUUUCCCUGUUGCUGUUGCACACUUACUAGCCGGGAUCUGUUGCGAAGCCUAAUAGAUCAUACUGUUAGGUUUACCGCACAACUUCAUUGUUGGGUUAAUUCCUUACCGUGCUUUUCAUCUUCCUAACCCACAUCAGGAGACCACAGUGGAAGGAAGCAUGAGAGUCUGAAAGAGGGAAUCAAUUAUCUGUUCUUUCCAGAGGCCUUCCUUCCUUCCUGCAGAUGGGAAUAACUUCCUCUGAAGCCAACCAUUCAGCAUUUUGAAGACAAAGAAUUUGUAUGCCACCCCCUUCUUCCCCCGCACUCUUGUGCCAAGACGGGCGUCUCACAUCAGGCAGAUGAAUAGCAGGUCUGUUUCAGCAGCUGUGCUCUCCUACCCAGAGGAAGCAUUAUAGAGUCCCUGGGACUGCAGAGUCCCAAGCUACUGUGCAGUCUGCAGAAGGCUGAGGAAGAGACCUAAGGGCAAAAGAAUGGCAUCAGAAGGGGAAAUCAUCAACCUUCAAACGGGGAAUCCUGGCUCAAGGAGGGACAAUCCAAUCAACAUCAACCACUAUGCAACUAAGAAGAGUGUGGCAGAAAGCAUGCUGGAUGUGGCGCUGUUCAUGGCCAAUGUCACACAACUCAAAGCAGUGCUGGAGCAGGGGGUUUCAUUCCAGUAUUAUGCCACCCUGAUAUCGCUCAUCAGCAUCUCUCUCUUCUUCCAGGUGGUGAUUGGAAUUCUUCUUAUCAUCAUUGCUCGGCUGAACCUGAAUGAUGUGUCAAAGCAGCAUCGCCUGAACGUGCUCAAUAACACUGCCACGGCUCUGAUCUUCAUCACUGUCAUCCUCAACAUCUUCAUCACUGGCUUUGGCGUGCAGAAGACUGGUCUCUACCCUACCAGGAGACGUUACUGAGGCUUGGAGCGCAAGGGAAUCAGGUUGUGUGUGUGGCACCAGCUUUAGGGUCCCUUCUUUCAAUUUUUUUUUACUGACCUCAGCAGAAUCCUACCAGCUGAGUGGAGACAGAGAACUGAAUUACUCUUUAAAAAUUGUUUGCAAAGUAUUUUAUGCAGGUUGUUUGUAUAAAGCAUGUGUAGCUUUGCAGGAAUGAAAUUUCCAUUGAUUUUUUUCAACGCUAGUGCAAGCUGUGCAGUGAUUUCUAGAGAGCUUCACAAUAAGUUGCAAAAAAGCAUUUUCCAAACAUGCUCCUGUGCAUAGGUAACAACAAACUUUUCUCUGAUUUUAAUUCUCUGCUUCUCAUAUUCAGUAUUAACUAAUUUUCUACAGGGGGCUGAGUUCCAGGCUGAGUUAUAUUUAUUUGGUAAGCAAAACUAACCAUACCGUGUCCAGAUAUUUUGUAACUGGCAACAUUUAAAGUAACACUAUGGGUACGUCUAUACUUACUGUCCGGGUCGGCGGCUAGCGUUCGACUUCUCGGAGUUCAAUAUAUCGCGUCUCAUCUAGACGCGAUAUAUCGAACUCCAAACGCGCUCCCGUCGACUCCGGAA